AUAAGCAACCUAUUCACUCGGCCCUUGAAGACACCCAGGUUAUAUCCUUCAGGAAAUACAGACUCUGGCAAAGAAUUCCACUCCUUAGCAGUACGUUGUUGUUUAAAUUAAUUUGACAUUUUAUUUUUAAUGGCGUAAGCUGGUAAACGAGCAUAUGGAUCACCUGAUGGUAAGCAAUCGGCGUCGCCCAUGGACACCAGAGGUGUUACAAGUGCGAUACCAGCCUUUCGGGGAUUGGGGAAAUUCGGAAGAAGGGUAAUUGGGCGUCUGAUAACCUCACUCACACGACGAAACACAACGCAAGUGUUGUUUCACAUAAGGUUUACUGUAAGGCAGUGGUAUCACUCCGGUCGAAUCGACCCAUUCGUGCCGAAGCAUGGCUCUCCGACACUUAAAAUAACAUAAAUAAACGGUAUAUAAUUAUAUCCCUAGGGAUAUUUUAACGAAACUAUGUAUUAUUUUCGUAAGUACCUAC